UGUCAUAAACUGUCUACCGGCGUUUGAUUCUGUUAUCCAAAAAUUGCCCAUACAUUUUUUAGUGCUUUGUUAGUGGCACUUGACAAACCAUUUAUGAUUUAUCGUUUACUGCCUGAAAGUUACUAAAAGUGACAUAAAACAUGGAAAUCGGGAAGAACGAUUCGCAUGUAUACAACGAGGGACAGAUUGCACAGACUAAUUCGGCUUAUCACAUAUUUUACUUUUGCUUAAUGGGAUUCUGCAGCGUGGGAAACGCACUGAAUCUGACAAUUUUGACUCGCACACGCUACAAACGGCAGACGUCCAUGCGCUGUUACAUGCUAGCCACUUCCGUAUCCGAUCUGAUCGCUAUGUAAAUUCAAAUUUACUUCGCAUAUAAUUUCUGGCACUAUGAAAGGAUGGUCUGGGUUCCCCGAUAAGCUGCUUGGUAACUACAUUAUUUAUUAUGGAUUUUUAUCAGAUGUGGGUAGAACUUCCGGAACCGGUCGGCAUACUGCUAUCGACAUUUUCUGUUCCCUGAUGCAAGGAAUUCAGUUCACGUUUAUGCGUCUGGCCGACUGGAUGUUGGUGGCGUUUACUUUUGAAAGGCUCUUCCUUCUAAUUGAUUCGUUCCGGUUUGGACUUCUCCAGCGUGCCUCAACGGCGCGACGUAUUAUUGUCAUCUUGUUUAUCUUCUCUGCAUUAACUAGCCUGUUCUGCUUCGUGGAACCAUGGUUCGUUAACUAUGCGGACACGUUUCCCGAAUGGAUUCUCCGUUGGGAACGAGUGGAGUAUGUGGCCGAAAUUGUCUUGGCUUUGCUAACAUUCUUUCUGAUUCUGAUUCCAACCAUCGGCGUCAUCCUUUUUCUUAUGCAUUACCGGCAGUCCAUGAUCCGCGACAUGCGUGCCCAGCAACGCAUUACAAAAAGUUCCGUGCAGAAUAAGAACACCGCCCCAAGAAAAUGUCAAUCUGGAAAAAUCUGCGCCAGCAACUGGAUCUUAUUAGACAGUGCUGCAUCAUUCGUUGUCUCCCGGUUUCCCAUUGUUAUUUUCAUGUGCAUGAAUUUAACCCGCCACACGGCCAGUGAUACCGAUAAUUCGUCGUGGGCGGUGGCGCUGCCGUUAGUCUGGAUGGUCAUGUACACCGAUUACGUUUUCACCUUUUUCGUCUACAUGAACAUGGAUCAGCAGUUUCGCCAAGAGUUUUUCAGUUUGUUUAUACAACCGCUGAUAACGUGGUGGAAUCGAUACGCUCCUGCAGGGCGGAAGCUGUGGUUAAUGAAAAUGCCAAAUUCCAACUCGUCGUCAGCAACGCUUUCCGGGGAAAUGUUACCACCAACUGCCUCUUCAUCUGUGUAACAGAACUCAGUAUUUUCUGAGGGGGUGAGAAAAGAAAUUACAGGAAAAUGAGAUACAGUAACGAUUCGAAACGUGAAAAUCAUAUGCGUGAUACGGUGACACAUAUAGAAAGCGCAAAGUCCUUGAUUGUUAAGCCUGAGAUUAGUCAGAUUACAGAUGUUUUUGCUUGACCAUGCGUUCGAUUGCUUGCAAGUGCUUACGACUACAGUCUCCGCGCGAAGAAUUCACUCUCAAAUGACUCGUAUGUUGCAGUAGAUUUUUCAUUUUGGGACACAGUCACACAAGGCGUGUUGCAUUGCAUCUGCAUGUUGUGCAAAUU